AUUGACAGUUUCCUCAUACACAACCUUCCUACAGUUCUUUCUCCACUUUCUUGUGCCUUCGUUGACCCUUGUGGUUAUCGUUGCAUAGUUUCUGCAACUGCAAUGGCCUCAGGUUCGAGCUGGACACCAAAGCAAAACAAGUUGUUCGAGAAUGCUUUAGUUAUCUACGACAAAGAUACCCCAGACCGCUGGCACAAUCUAGCCAGGGCAGUUGGAGGGAAAACCGUGGAGGAAGUGAAGCUACAUUACCAGAACCUUGUCGAAGACAUCCAACAGAUUGAGUCUGGCCAAGUGCCCUUACCUCCUUACAAGAAAGCUGGAGGGAACAAAGGAUACAAUUUCAUGGAUGGAGAACAAAGGAUGAAGAAUCUGAGGCUUCAGUGAAAUAUGAGCAGAAACCGGUAGAAACAAAGGCCUUAGCCUUUAAUAAAGCAAAUGCAGCCAGUUGUCUGGUGCAACAAGCAGCAAAUAUGUCGCCUAUUAUUUCUUCUCAAAGUGUAUCUUAAAUUGAAAGUUGUAUGUUCAUUCUAUAUACUUGGUUUACACUAGUUGUGCUUCCUUAUAUGUACCAAUUAAUUAUCUCAUAGCACUGGUACAUAAAAAAGUUCCUGUUUUUAAUGAAUAUAUAUAUCGUCCAUUAAUCAUUAA